AAGCCAUUUUAGCUCAAGCCAGUUUCUCUCAAGCCGGCAUGAGCUCCCCGUAGUCGUUUCUGUCUGCAUUGUGCGCUUGUGAGGUUGAUUGCCCUGCCAUUUGUUUUCGUGGACGGCUACGUGGUCCAUGGGUAAGGCGUACAAUUUAUUAGCUGCUCGUAUUCGGUUGCUGGAAAAGCAGACGUAUUGUGAACUUGAUUCUUACCUUCAGCAUUCUGCUAUUCGUCGGCACGCGUUCUUGUGUGAGGUUCUGCAACACAAUGUCCAUCACCCAUCCCAUGCAGCGACCUUGGCCAGACCGAUGGUUGGAGAUCAGGUUUACCGAUCUUCUCGACGCCUGUUUCGGAAUGCUGGUAAAGAGCGCCACGUUGUUUUCGAGCAAGAGGCCCGCACCCCGCUCUCUUCUGAUGGGGUGAUCUGUGCACGACGAUGGCGGCGUACUCGUCUCCGUGCUGAUGCACCUGAGUUUCUUCCCUCUGCCAGCGACGUGCCUCCCGUCUGUGCCAUCGCCGCAUACCGCUCGGAGCCCGUUAGGCAUACGAGGUCUGGGAGCGGCUUAGAUAUGGCCGGGAUCGAGCGCUUAUCUUGGUCUGGUGCUACUGAGAACGAUUCUUCCGAUUAUUCUGGGAUGAUCGACUGUUCUGAGCCCUCUGUUUUGCCUCCAUAUGUGCCAAGUGUCCUUAAUGACUCUGUUUCUGAAUUUCUUUGCCCUGUGGUCCACGAGCUUUGCGCGUUGUGCUAUACACAUGACCAGCUCUUGCGUGCGAUUGAGCACAAGAACGAGAAAAUCUUCGACAUGCAGGUUCUCACUGGCGCCUUGGCGACGUCAGUUUCUGAUUCCGACCUCGCGGCUCUUGCUCUCCGCGUCGAGUCGCUUGAAAACACUAUCGAUGAACAGAUAAAUGCCGUUCGCGACGAUGUCACCACGUCGCAGGCGACACAUUGUGAGAAGAUCGAGGAGUGGAUGUGCAAGGUCCCGCGCCUUGACGAGUUCUCGGCGCAGCUGGAUGCCUUGCGUCUCUCGUUGAGCACCCACCAAUCCGAGACAGUGACCCGUGUGCGCACCCUCGUGCAGGACGGAGCCGAGGCACAGCGCGCUUACCUCGAGAAUGCCGUUGCGACGGUUCAGCGCUGUGUGGUUGACCCUGCUCCCGCCACGGUCUCGCGCUGGGUGGAGCAACCUCUAUCCGCGCUCUGGGACGAUUGCCAGCAGCUCAUCGACAAACACGUCUCCCAGACCAACGAGUUCUUGUCAGCGACCCGUGAGGGGAUUUUGAUGGAAGCGCACGUGUUGCUCUCCAACGUCUCCGCUGACAUCGCUGUCCUUCGUGAUUCGGCGGUCUUCGUGCAGAAAUAUAAAACUGAAUGUGCUGAGUCAUCUAUGUUGCGGUGCUCCGUGAAUCACAUAUGCGAAGAGCUCGCCGCGCUUGCUAGCGCCAUUGAGAAGGUGGCUUUCCAUGACGAAGCCAUUCAUGAGCAACGUGCGGCCUCUGCUGGCCAAGAGGAAGCUAUGCAACAGAUGGCAGGGCUUCUCAGCGAGAUGGUUGCGCGCAGCCCGUCGCAGAUUGCGAAUUGCGUUGCGAAAACCAUGACGUCUUUCAUAGAAUCAGACUUGAUAGAGACCCGCAUCCGCCUUGUCCUCUCCAUGCUGGGACGUGAUGGGACUCGUGCUGUUCCUGCGCCUCUCCCUGCGGCUGGUGGCCCUGGCAGCGGCUCACACCAGCUUCGCCGUGCCUCUUCUGACUCAGAUUCGGAUGGAGCGGGCCACCUCUUCGACGACAAUGGGAGUUUGGAUAGGAGCUGGGUUGAUAUUGAUGGUGCCCGCUGGUCGCCGUGAAGUGCCUAGCGAUGUUCCUGUUCUCUGCGGUGCCCUUCUGGCUCUUCCUGGUGUUGGGCAUGCCAGACGUGAUGCUGAGCCUGACCGACUUGCGGUCGUCGCCGUUCCUUGCGGUGCUCUGGGUCAUUCUUGUCGUGCUCUCCCUGGGCCACCUCCCUGGGGUAUGUCUCUAGAUAUUUUUGAGGCUGUCGCCUCCCUCGGUUUCGGUUCUACUCACUCCGUGAGUUGCGGAUCAGGUUAGAUUACACAGUCAGACAGGACGUCCCUCCUACGCUGCGCUCCUCCUCCUCCUCCUCCUCCUCUUCCUCCUCGUCCU